AUGCUACCAUCCUCAACCCACCCGUGGCAAACGUCAAGCUCAACCCGGAGCGGCCACCAUCUCACGAAUUCCAUCGGCAUUCCACGAGGUACAGUCGUGCUUGAGGCGCUUGACAAGGACUGGAUGGACCAACCCCACUAUGAACCUGUCACGUGGCAAGACCGUGUUGCCCUUCGCAUGGUGAAGACUUUGCGCAAGGCCAGCGAUGCUUACUUCAAGGACAGGCUGCUGGAUCGAGCCUGCAUGCUCGAGACCAUCGCAGCUGUGCCGGGCUUCGUGGCCGGCAUGAUUCACCACAUGCGUUCUCUGCGACGUCUGGUGCAUUGCAACUGGAUUAAGCCAACUAUGGACGAGGCAGAGAACGAGAGGAUGCAUCUGAUGACCUUCAUGGAGUUAGCAAAGCAACGCUGGCACCAGCGGGUGCUGGUCGUUUGUGGGCAAGGGGUCUUCUUCGCUGCCUACACGAUCUUCUACGUGGUGACUCCACGCAUCGCCCACCGGUUCGUCGGAUACCUUGAAGAAGAGGCAGUCCACACCUACACAGAGAUGCUGAAGAUGGUUGAUGAGGGAAAGAUCGAGAACGUGCCUGCUCCAAAAGUGGCCAUCCAGUACUGGAACAUGCCAGAAGAUGCAACCCUUCGCGAUGUGAUCCUAGUCGUGAGAGCUGAUGAGGCUGAUCAUCGCCUCGUGAACCACCAUAUGGGGGACCUCAUCGCCAAUGAAGGAAAGGGCCCCGUCCGAGAGGGCUGCAGCGACUACAAGCCAUGUGACGAAUUCCACGUGGAUCUAAGCAUCGACUUGGGCCCGACCAUUGCCCGCCGAAAGCCUCCAGCCGCAUGA